CCACUCCUCGAUAAGCACUGGUUCCUGUAAACCGAUAGCACUCUCUUUAUUUGACAAAUUGGUCGUAGUUUUUUAGGUGUAAGAUGGAUGGCGAUUUAAAACUCGGGGAUGAAAAGGUUUCGCCUAGGGAUAUGGCUACGAAUUGGCAGGGCGUUGGAGCAUAUGGACCAAGCGAUGACGAUUCGGAGGAUACUUCGUCCUUCGCCUCAACAGGGGAUGACUUGCAGCUGGAGACAGAGUCCAGUGGACUGCAUUCGGACGAGGAUGUGUUUGAGGUACCUUCGAGCAGCUCUAGCAAAUCCCGGUCCCAGAAGUAUCCCUUUAGACUGAAGCGCAACGAAGCAGGAAACAUUCUGACGGUUCACCACACCCUCAAGGAAGCAGGGAAGCAAGUGCGAAUCCAAAUUGCAGCCUGCUGCUUUAACGAACAAAGCAACCUACUGGUCGUCAUCGACAGGCGUGGCAACGUCUUCGUGUUUGACUUUGUGACAAAAUUCUAUUGGCGGCUGAGUGUGCGCCUACCCAAGGCUAAGAUGAUCCGACCGAUGCCGCUACAGAAGAGUCUUUACAUCGUUGGCAACAGGAUGGGCCAAAUCUGCACCAUUGAUUUGGAAAACUCCCGGAUACGGUCCAGCAGCGAGUUAGGAAGUGAAGCUGUUGAGGAGAUCAGCUGGGGGCAGCGUCUGAAAAGCUCCACCCGGUGCUCCAACGCCCUUGUGCGCUUUGGCCAUCAUGCUGUCCUGAUGAAUCUUGCUUCCCUCGAGGUCUCCCACCAGCUGGAGUUUGAUGACCAGCGGUAUACCCUCAAGUUCGCCGCCUUUCUUCCCAACUCGGAUCACUUUUUUACCUGCUUCUCCAACGAUUCGUUGCACGUGUGGUCCUCGUUUACCCUAAACACCCUAAGAAUGGGUCAGCCCAUUAAGGCUAUGCAUCGUCGCCUGAGACUGCUAGGCGCAGCGGAGUCGGUGCCGGAGAUCAAUCUUUGUAACCCGGACAACAGCGACCUUGAGGACGAUCUUACAUUUGAUUGUCCUGUCCAGGAUUUUUCCAAUGGACUUCUCACUAGCUACUGUUUUACUCCUGAUGGGAAUAAGAUGUGUAUGAGUACACUGGAUGGUUAUCUACUAAUUCUCAGCUCGGCGACGUUUGAUCUGGAGAAGCUUUACCGGCUCACCGACUUCAUAAUACGGCAAAUGGCCUUCCUACCGCAGCCCAAGGAGCGGAUUGUGUUUGCGAUUACCGGAAGAAAUCAAGCUAUUAUAUUGGACUUGGCCAACACGAACCACAAGAUAAUCGUUCAGGGCUCCGAUGCGAUGAAACUGAACCUGAGCCGAGACGGCAAGCUCUUGAGUGUAACCUCUCGUUGCGGAGAGGUUAACGUUUGGUCCACCUGUCGUCUGUUUAACUCCUUGCAGGUUCAGGCCAGGUGCCACAGCAAUGUUAGGUCUACUCUCAAGUUGCCCAAGUCCAUGCCAACCUGCGCCGUCAGUGGCUGCAUGAACCAGGAAUUGAGGCAUCUGCUGAAGCCGAGUAGAUUGCAGGCAAUGCUCAGAGAGUAUGGAUGCUAUCCGGAGAAGUACAGGUUCAUCAUAUGGACCUCACUUCUAGAUCUUCCUUGCAACGGGUCGCAGUUUCAGGAGCUCAUCAAGUUGGGCGUACCCCUGAUGGUCCGGAAACAAGCCAAUAAACUUAAGAUUCGAAACGAUGCCCAGCGACGUGCUGUGAUCAAGGUAUGGGCCUGCCUGUCGCAGUGGUGCAAUGUCCUUGCUCAUGCAGACUUCAUGCCACACCUCAUUUUUCCGUUUGUGAAGCAGCUGCCAAAGAACGGGUUGGUUUCUUUCGAGCUCCUUGCAACGCUGGUCCUCAAUCACUUUCAGCUCUGGUUCGAGUUUCACCCGCUCCCACCGGCGAAUUACCUGGCCAUGUGCGAGAAUCUGCUCCAGCACCACGACGAGCCGCUGUGCAAGUUCUACAAAUCAAUAGAGCUCCUCCCAAAGGACUAUGCGUGGCCGUUGCUAAGUAGUGCCUUUGCUGAGGUUCUGGAGGAAAAUCAGUGGCUAGCGGUGUGGGAUAACAUUGUAACGGAGCCUCCUUGGUUUCCCGUGUUCCUGGUUGUAGCCUACAACUUGACUAACCGUGAGGUUAUCCUUCGACUGGCGGACCGGCGCUCUGCAAUCUCCUUUUUUCACGAACAGAACCCGGUUGAUAUCGGGAAACUUUUGGCCAAAGCCCGUAGGCUGAUGGCGUGUUGUGAGCCAGCCCUGCAUCCACAGCGUUUCAUGCAACGCUUCCGUGCCAUUCCCAAGGGCGUGUACCCGAAGUUUGUCAAGUAUCCCAGCGACUGGAUUGAACAACAGGAAGAGCAGGCCGUGUCCCUCCUAAAACACAACCAGGAAAUCGAUGCCCGAAUACGACAUCUUGAGCUAGAGGAGGUCCGGAUUAUGGAGCGACUGGAAAACGGCCUCAAGCAGGAAGAGCAUGCUCGCCGUCUCAAGGAGAUGGAAAAACUCUACCAGGACACCAUCCACCGGGAGGAGGAACGCAUCACAUGUCAAAGGAAGAUGCUGCUUACCUACCAGAUGGAGGUGCGGCGGCGCAAGAGCGAGGUUAUCUCUAAGCUGCAGGAGUCGGAGCAGCGGCGCAAGGUUCUCGAAAUGGAGAAGGAGAUCGAUAGGCUGAUGCACAGCAUAGAGCGCGAGCGCCGCCGGAACAACCAACAGAUGCAGUUGGCUGAAGACGAGAUUCGAAACCAGGAGAUGGAGAUUCUUGCGCAGCGCUACCUUACCAAUACGGCGGGCGUUCCGCUAGCGCAGAAGUAUUACGGGAACAUGAGAGAGCUGUGCCGGCAAAGGGAUGAGCUGCAGAAAAGCUUGCAGGAGAUGACCAAGGAGCAGCUGUGCACUCCAAGCUCCUCGUCCGCGCCAACCAAUCCCCAGAUGCUGGAUUUUGAAAAGUCAAUUCUGGAAAUCCAGAGAGAGUUUAUGGAAAUAAUCACCAUAGAUUCACGGAGAGGAUGCAGGGGUAAAGUUUUCUAAUUUAAUAGAACAACGGAUUGGGACUUAUUGUACAAAUAAAAUUAGAAAGAAUUCCUAAAUGA